UGUAGUCAUACCGCGAGCAUUCAAAUAUCCAGUUAGAAUCAUUUGAAUCUUGUCGUUUCUGCAUUCGUCGAGUCUAGGGUGUUGUGAUACCAAAUAUUUUCAGAGACCAGAUUUCUAGAGCAAUCGACUCUACAUCUCUAUCUACAUUCUCACAGCAAAUCUCAUAGCCAAUUCAGUAUGUCUGUUCAACAAAUUUAAUUCAAACAUCAAGUCCCAAGGUUGUGCUGCUCACCACCUAUGACUUCAUUUGGAAAAGUUCAUGUGCCAGGUGUCAAUGCUAAAGUACCAAAAUCCUCACUGCAGACUGAUGGCCCUGACUAUAGAAACGAAGAAGAGAGACGUAGAUCAUUUCAAAGCAAGCGUUGGCCCAGCUGGGCAAGUUUGUCGCCUCAUCAGUUAGCUCCAGAAGGAUUUUAUUACACCGGCAUUCGAGAUGAGGUAACCUGCUUCAGCUGCAAGGUCGUUAUAGGCUUAUGGAAAGCUGAUGACAACAUCAGAGAAAGACACAGAAGAGUGUCACCAUCAUGCCCUUUCAUUAAAUUCAAGAUUGAAAAGGAAAGAAAUCAAUCCAGUCAUGCAUCAUCAUCAUCUGCAAUGGAUCAGCAUAUGGAAGAAGAGAAAAAUCGUCUUUCUACGUUCAGUCAUGGAUGGCCCAGACACUGCCCUGUUCGUGCUGACGAUCUUGCUGCGUGGGGAUUUUUCUACACUGGUCAUGAGGAUGCAGUCCAGUGCUUUAGCUGUAAACUGACGCUGAAAAACUGGGAACAAGGAGACACAGCAGAAGGUGAGCAUCGUCGUCAUAAUCCAUAUUGUCAGUUUUUAUCAAGAAAACAAGAUCAUAGGAAAAUACCAUUGAGGUCACAAGCAACACUAACAGCUCAAAGACAAGAGGAUCUACCAUUAGCUAAUCUACAAUAUGAACACGUCAGACUGCAGACAUUUUCAUGCUGGCCCAAAAAUACUACAAUUUCAGUGGAUGAUCUAGCAGAAGCUGGCUUUUACUUUAAACGAAGUAAAGAUGCAGUUCAGUGCUUUCAUUGCUCAGUUGCAAUCAACCGAUGGGCUCUUCUUGAUAAUCCAAUUGAGGAACAUCUCAAGCAAUCUCCUGGAUGCUUAUUUGCGAGAGCUGUGGCUCAGAAGAAGGCAAAGACAGAAGACCACUCAACACCAAAUGCUCAAGCAACGGCAGAUAUCAUGAGAGAUUACAAGCAACGACUGGCAUCAUUUAAAAACUGGCCACCAAACCCACCAGUUUCAAUCCAUGACUUAGCCGUUGCUGGGUUCUAUUCCAUUGACUCUGGAGAUAGAGUAAAGUGCUACUCAUGUGGAGGUGCACUGAAAGGAUGGGAGAGAGGUGAUACUGCAUGGGGUGAGCAUUCUCGGCAUUUUCCAUCUUGUCAACAUGUACAGCAACAUGGCCCAGGUCUAUCAGUUACACAAUCACACGAUGAACCCUGGAGUACGCCACUACAGCAGCAAAAACAGCAGCGGCAACAACCUGAUUCUUAUAUACAGAAGGCAGUUGAAAUGGGUUUUCCCGAAGAUUUGGCACUUCAAAUAAAAGCUCGUCAACAAUCUGCAUUCCCUUCAUUUGACAAAUUUUUGGAAGUGCUUCUUGCAGAGAAGGCUGACAUGGCAGCAAAAGCAGUGGUGUCACAUAAUUUACAGUCAGUGCAACCUACCGCUCCUCCUAACAACACUCUCGAUGCAAGUCACGAACUGAAGCAGUUACAAGAAUCAAGAAUGUGCAAGAUAUGCAUGAAAAAGGAAGCAGUCGUACUGUUUCUUCCGUGCGGUCACAUUCUCUGCUGCCAGGAGUGUGGAGACAGUGUGAGCAAGUGUCCAAUCUGCAAGACUGACAUUACAUCUAGGAUAAGAUCAUAUUUUGCUUAAGUAUUCCGACACAGACUUAGUAUAUAGGUAUUAUAGAGUAACUGUAGACGUUGGACCAGUUAGUAUGACAAACAUCUGUAUGCAUGGGGAUACGUUAAUAUUGCCGCAUGCCUAGUUGACUGUUUUAGCACAAGUUUUUCAUAUAAUGUGACUGUAUGAAAUUAAAUUAUUUCUCAGA